AUACAACAUUUGAUUUCUGUUUGUGUUCAGACUCCAAAUAAAAUAUUGGAGUUCAGAUGAGAGAACGUCUCACUGGGUUAGAACGCACGGAUGAUGCCUGAGGUUAACAAAAUUUCAGUUCUACGAAAAAUGUUCGGUUUCGAUAAAAAAAAAACCGCUAAUUCGUACAUCGUGCCACAGAAUUCCGCCGCGAAGCUAGAACAGAAAUCAACAUCGAACAACAACAACAGCAACAAGGAUCCACUGAAGGAGCAAGUUGAAAACCUUAAAGAGAAUCACUACGAACGCAGCAAUAUGAACAAGUGUCCGCAUUGCGAGAACAUGGCCAAGAACUUUCUGUACCUGGAGAGUCUAAUACGCAACAACUGUGACAAGAAUCAAAAGUGCAGCUUGUGCCAAUCGUCGCUGAAGUAUCUACAGUAUGUCAAUCGCAACAUAAUGCAGGUCUUUGGCAAUUUCGAUUCGAUUGUGCAGGCUGCACGAGUCUUCGCCAGCCAGUCACCGCCAACUCCCAAAUACGCUGUGAAGAAGCCACAAAUCCAAGAGCCCCAACAGCAGCAGCAAGGAGUGAGAGCUCAAGGCGGUGCCUUGCUGCCAGCACAGAAGAGCGCUAAAUUGUUGAAGGCUGUCAAGUCACAGAAGUCGAAGAAGUCCAUGAAAUCAUCCAAGUCGGCCAAGAGCGUGUCCAAGUCGAACAAGAACAUGAACAAGAACAAGAAAUCGAAGAUUGCUUCCAAAAGCCGUGUCCACAUCGCCGGCCGUGGCAAAAUGGUCCUCAAGAGUAAAUACAAGUCCAAGGCGGCUGGCAAAUCGGGCAAGUUAUCAAGACAGAUAAGCAAAGUCGUUCGCAGCGCCAGUCAAUAUCAAAACUUGCACUCCAGCAAGUCGAAGAAGCUGAAGACGAAGCAACGCGUCCAUCCACAGCCUACGAGUAUCAAUUGGAAUCUGCUCAAGCGAAAUAUGCCCAAGCGUAUGAAAGCCCUUGGCGUCAAUUAGAAAAUCAAGUGGAGAACAACUUGUAUGGAGAGACCAAUUUUUGAAUUGAAACCUUUUUGUACGUUUUAUCAAAAUUUUCAGUUUCAAAUAUAUUAAUUUAUCUUUUUU